AAUUACAUAUUUGCCGGCAGGCCUUCUCGCUUUUUGGCGUUAUUAACUUAUAUUUUAUUUUUUUCCUAUGUUCCUCAUAAGAAAUUAUAAAUUGAAUUCUGAGUCAAAUUCUAUCGAAUUAUCGUCUGACGCGUGCUUAAGAAACUUUUGAAUCACUACGCGACAAUCGUGCAAUACGAUAUAAAAAUGUGAUGACAAGUAAGAUAAAGCGAUCGUGUAAAGUAAGUGAGCAUUUAGUCACAAUUAAUUGCCAAGUGUGAAUAUUAAUGUUCACGUGAAAGUAUUAAUAUUUAUAGGGAAUACAUCGUUCGUACCUUUAAGGUAAUUAAGAUAUUUUUAGAUAAUGGUGAAUACAAUAGCGUUAAAUUGACGAAAAUAUAUAUUUGCUAAUAGGGCAGUUAAAGUUUUCUCAGAAAUGCACUUCAUAAUCGCAUACUUAUCUUAAGUGAGUAAGCGAGCGUUACAUUCGUGACUUAUACAACUGUGAUACAAAGGUAUAUUAUAAACAUUUUAUAAUAAUUAUAUUGCACUUUCAAGUGAUGUACACACAACGUGUCCCAUUUCUAUGAUUGCCGCGAGAGAUGCAUUGCUAUGAUCGUUAUAUUAUCAUGACUAUACAUACAUCUGCACAGUGCAGAUAGCGUAAUCGUUAUCAGUGAAAUGAAUGUAUCUGAAUGUAAUGUUUGUGUAACGUAUGCAUUGUACUUUUUAAUCGGACGUAUGUAUGUAUGUAUGCAUAUGUUCAUUAAAACAAAGUAUUAUUAUGUAUUUUUUAAUAGGAUACAUUUCGUAUAUCCAAACAGUUUUACUUAAAAAACCUGUAUUUUCUCGAUAUGCUUUGAAGAAAGCAGAAAAUUAAAAGAAUCGUUCCAUUAUACUUAUGCAAAGCUCUCGAUAAGUAGUAAGGCAAUAAGGAAUACAUAUACUCGGCUAUUUGUGGAACUUAAAUAUUUUUCAUUAUACACAUCUUGAUUUAUCUUUUUUAGAAACACAGUUUAUUCGUAUGCGUUAUAAGUUUCACAUAUUACGUGUGUAUCUGUAUAGGCAUUUACCGGACGUUUCCUCGAUCGCGUUGAUCGGGUAUUCCCGGACAAACACUCCCACUAUGCCACGAUCAGCGUGGUCAGUUUCACAAGGAAAAUCCUAUCUCACUUCGUGAAUCGCUUUGUUACCGAGGACCAGACCGUUGUUUUUUGUCAGCUAGUAAUGUUUACUCUCCUAUCCAUUUUGAAAAGGCGCAUGACGAAUUUGCAGAAGCAUGUCAUGCGACGCUCGUGGACGUCGGUUUUGUUAUAAGAGACAUACUGUCUCGGUAUUCGGAAGUGACGAAGCGGCACACACGCUUCUACAGGAAUCGAACGUGAAACUUGCGGUUUUGAACACAGUCUGCCUUCCUUGUGUUACCAAAAUUGAGGAUUUUCUCAAGAAGAGUUUUCGCGAUCUACCUCUGGAGAGACUAACCGCCAAGAGAGCUCGCAUUGAAAAUCCAAUGCAGGGAUUCACCGAUCGGGACACCUCGAUCUCGACUGACGAUUUAAAAAUUUCGGGAACGUUGCCGGUUGUCCAGACACAAAGUACAACCGAUCCCGCGGUACUCCGUAACGCGCAAGCAGGAAAAUCCGUGAGCAUUUACACCGAGGAUAAAAGAAGCAUUAAUUCUGCUACUAACGCUCGGUGCGGAGCGCGUGUUGACAGCUCGCAGGUCUGCGAAAAUACCGUGCGGACGAAGAAGAGGCGAGGUCCGUUAACGUGCGGUUUUUGCCGGAAGGAAUUCAAUCAUGCGGGCGAUCUUAAUAAGCACCGGAGGACGCACACCGGCGAGCAGCCUUACAGGUGUAACAAGUGCCAGCAGAGGUUCUCGCAUGCGUCCAAUCUCACCAGGCAUCAACGUACACACUCCGGAAUAAGACCGUUCUCCUGUCAGAUCUGCGGACGCACCUUCACCAGGAAGGACAAGCUCACCGUACACUUAACGGCGACUCGUUGCGCGAAAACUUUGAAAGAAAAGCCUACGAGCGUUCCGCAAUCUGAUACGGUAUAACAUCGAUGUAAAACAGCGUGAAAAUGAACUGUAAUACAGCAAGUGUUACAGUAGUAGAUAAAAAAUGUUACGAAGCGUCUCAUGUAUUAGCAUUACAUGAGAGUUUAAUUAAUUUACUACGAGACAUGUACGCGAUUUGCCCAGAACGCGGCAAUCCAGACUAAUUUGUAAAGCUAUACUAUAAAAAUGAUUUUAUUUAUUCCUCGCGAUAGUUUAAACAAUAGCAAUAAUAACCAUAACAAGACUUACAAUAUACAAUAAUAUAAAAAUGUCUUUCGCUUUUGAUUCUAGUAGAUCAAAGUCAUGUAAAUCACUGGUUCCAACGAGUGCCACAUUUAUUACGAAUUAUACCGCAUUGAGAGAGAGAAAA